AAUUGUGGCUCAAAUUACUGAACCUGAUUGAUGGCACCUCAAGUUCCAAGUAAAUGAUUAACCCAGCAGCACGAAUACAAAAAUAUCAACUAGACUUGACCAAUCCAAAGUGUUCAAGUCCACUGCUUUGCCCGCUUCUUUUACCCCCGUGUCCCGAAUUCACCUGACCAGUCCUUUUUGAUCUUUUAUUGACACAUCUCUUUCUUUCUUACUCAAUAAUGGACUGGAGUAGCACAUUCUGAAUCCAUCCUAAAGGCAGUAAUGCCUCAAUGAACUGAAUCAAAGUCCUCGUAGGCAAGCUUGAGUAAUCACCUGCUGUUACGCCCCCCAAGGAAGCUAAUCCAACACCCAGAAAAAAUAAGAUGAUAUAUUACCAUACGUAUACCGUUGAUGCCAAGAAAGAUGGAUGUGAGAGAUCCUUCACAACCCUUUUGGACAUAAACUUGCCAAUAGCACUUAAAAAGGAAGUAGUUAAAUUGUGCAAGAGUUUCUGCUAAACCCCAACAACAGCAAACAAAUACCUCAUUGGGAAUUCCAAGUCUAAGAUUUAUCUGUCUAGUCUCACUUGAAUAAAGUCAAGAAGAAGAGAAAAAGCAUACAUAAACUGGACAGCAGCUAUCAAUUAAUUUCCUCACAGCACUUCUUUCCGGUAAGGGUCAUAGAAUACAGUCAAUGGAAAGAAGCAUCAAUAUGUAGACAUUAUGUCUGAUAGCAAAAGAUAGAACCUGACAGAACUAGUAAGAAAGCAAAAACUGAUGCCUUCACGUAAUGCCGGUCUAAGAUUUCUUAGCUGUUUCUUGAUAUUAACUAUUAAAUAACCUGCAAGAACAUCUUUGAAUCUUAAAGCGGCAUUCUGUGAGCAUAUAAUUUCUUGCUCUUUUAGCCUCCAUUGCCGCAGUCCCAGUUGUCUCCGGUUCUAUCUUUUGCUAUCAAACACAACGUCUACAUCUUAGUCGUUCGGUACAGGGUCAGAUAUAAUUUCUCCUCUAGCUCUACGAGUUGGUAGAAUUGCAAAGUUGAAAAUAGAUAACUGACGGGCAAAAUAGAAAAAUUUGUUUCAACUUGGGGCAAAGAAAGCUCAAGCUCAAGCUCAAGCCUUCACCAUUAAUUGCCUUUGCCUUGCCUUUCUAUGCUCCGAGAAGAUUAACCCGCUAAAUGAUCAUACUCUCCGCAAUUAAAGCAUUUGCUCCUAUAACCUCCCGUUAUUACCAUUCUGUCACUUUGCUCUCUCCAUUUCAAAAUCUUCUCAAUUUGCUUGAACUCUCAAUUACCAACAACUGCCUUACUCUUACCCAACAAUGCCAUGCUCAAAUAUUCUCCAUGGAUUUCUCUCAAAAUCCCUUUAUAGCCACAAAACUUAUAUCUGCUUAUGCUAUUUGUGGUGUUCCAACUGCGUCAAAACUCGUUUUUAACUCGCUUGAAGUAAAAAGUGUACCUCUUUGGAACUCAUUGAUAAGUGGAUAUGUGAAAAACCAGGAAAAUACUGAAUCUUUUAGCUUGUUUUGUCAAAUGUGUUCUUUUGGUGUAUUGCCUGAUGAUUAUACACUUGCAACACUAUCAAAAGUUUGUGGCGAGAUUGGUCAUUUGAUUGCAGGGAAAAUCAUUCAUGGGUUAAGUUUAAAAAUUGGGUUUGUUUUAGAUACUGUUGUUGCCAAUUCUCUUAUGUCUAUGUACUGUAAAUGUGGUGAAUUUAGUGAAGCUUUGAAACUGUUUGAUGAAAUGCCUGAGAGGAGUGUUGGUUCUUGGAAUGUUGUUAUAGCAGGAUAUUCGGAUUCAGGGGAUCGUAAUUUGAAUCAGCAGAUCGUAGAUUUGGUUAAAGAUAUGCAAAUUGAUGGUUUUAAGCCGAAUGCAUUUACAGUUUCAAGUCUUUUGGUUUUGUGCGACGGUGAUAUUGAAAAACUGGAUUAUGGGAGGGAACUUCAUGGUUUUAUAGUUAGAAAUGAAUUGGAUUUAGGUUGUUUGGGUUCAGAUGUUCAUCUGGGAUCUUGUUUGAUUGAUAUGUAUUCGAGGAUUAACAGAGUUGAAAAGUGUAUGCAGUUGUUUGAUCAAAUGAAGAGGAGAAAUGUUUACGUCUGGACAGCAAUGAUCAAUGGCUAUGUGCAAAAUGGAGCUCUGGAAGAAGCUUUAACUCUUUUUCAUGAAAUGCAGGCGAAAGAUGGAGUAGAACCCAAUAGGGUAACUCUAGUGAGUGUUCUUCCUAUUUGUAGCUCACUUGCUGGUUUACCUGGUGGGAAGCAAAUUCAUGGAUAUGCAAUUAGGAAAAGACUGAAUUUUGAUGCGUCUUUAUCAAAUGCUUUGAUUGACAUGUAUUCCAAGUGUGGGAGCUUGAAUUAUGCAAGACGAGUAUUUGACAAUGGCACUUUUCGCAGAGAUGCUAUCUCCUGGAGUUCAAUAAUUUCUGGCUAUGGCUUGCAUGGGAAGGGAGAGGAAGCAGUGUUCUUAUAUGAUAAGAUGCUUCAGCUAGGGAAUAAACCAGAUCAGAUAACAGUAAUAGGGGUUAUUUCUGCUUGUGGCAGGUCAGGAUUGGUUUAUGAAGGCCUCCGUAUCUAUAACUCUGCAAUAAGUGAAUAUGGAAUUAAGCCGACUAUUGAGAUUUGCGCCUGUUUUGUGGAUAUGUUAGGCCGAUCAGGUCAUCUUGGACUAGCAUUAGAGUUUAUUGGAAGAAUGCCUAUAGAACCUGGACCAAGUGUCUGGGGGGCUCUUGUUAGCGCUUCCAUAAUGCAUGGGAAUCUUGAAAUGCAAGAUCUAGCUUAUGGUUUUCUUAUUCAGUCAGAACCUGAGAAUCCUUCGAAUUAUGUCUCACUCUCAAAUUUACAUGCUUCUUCUAGGAGAUGGGAUAAUGUAGCUGAGGUGAGAACCAUAAUGAAGGAAAGGGGUUUAAGGAAAACACCUGGGUGCAGUUGGAUAAACAUUAAUAAUAGAACUCAUUGUUUUUACGCUGCUGAUAAAGUACAUCCACGUUCCAACUCUAUCUAUGAAUUGCUGGAUGGUCUUAUACUUUUGAUGAAGGGAACAACUCAUUCUCCUGUUGUUCAGAAUGCUAUCAGCUAUUGAAAACUGAUAAUCGAUGGGCUAUUUCCAAAUACCUGAUUGUUGAGGACAUCUUGCAUAAGCCACAUGGUGCCACUAGUGGUAUAUUUGAUGAAUGAAGCUCGACUGCAAUCUAUGCUCGAGGGCAUGAAUAGUUGUAUGCUACCCCUGUCUUCAGUUGUUCAGGUGACAUGGUUUAUUUAUUUACUUUUUGUCAUGCAAGAAAUAUAAACAUCUAAAAGGCUGUGUUACCCUUCUGUAGAUUUAUUUGGAAGGCAAAUGGAAUCAUCUCAGCUGGAAAAGAUGUAAAUCAUGCCAUUAGAUUGUUGGGAAGCCUUUGCGUUCAAAUUUAGGAGAUUAUUGGUCAUUGGUGGCAUUUAGUCUCUUCUAUUAUAUGUAUAAAUAUUCAUGCAACUAUAUAUAUAUAUAUAUAUAUAUAUAACCAUUUAGCCAGCAGUAGCUAGUCCAGGAUCACUUCAAUCUCCUUCUCCUUUCCUCCGUUCGCAUCACUAAUUUUUUCAUGUCUUGAAUAUAGGAUAAUGGGUUUUGGAUUUUGAGGCUUCAUUAAGGCAGAGAAAGUUACUCAAUUGUGCUUUCAAAUUAGUAUAUUGCUGCUGCAGCGACUUCCUGCACAUGGAUAUAGCAAAAAUUCUGCGUCCUUGGGAAUUCAAAUGAUGAGAAUAGAACCUUAUACAAA